AGUGCCGGUAGACAAAUGUCUUCCUUCCACUUGCCGUCCAUAUUUAAACCCAACUCACAUGCCAUUGCCGCCUCCUCCCUCCGCUCCCAAGAAAUCUACCUGUCUCCUCGCCGCCGCGCCGCUCAGCCGUGCCAGCGAGAGCCAAGGCCCAAGAUGCGGAGGCCUCUCCCUGCGGCGCGCGCGGGAGUCUCGCUCCUCCUCCUCUGCUGCUGCCUCGCCGCCUGGUCGCCGGCCUCGCGCGCCCUCCCGCUAUGCACCGACGGAAGGGCGCCGGUGGCGCAGAACAGGACGUUCGCCUUCUGCUCCUCCUACAGCGGGGGCAGCAGCAGCUGCUGCGACGCCGCCGCGGACGCCGCGCUGCGGAGGCAGUUCGAGGCCAUGAACGUCUCCGACGCCGCGUGCGCCGGCGUCGUCAAGUCUCUCCUGUGCGCGAAAUGUAAUCCUUUUUCAGCUGAGCUGUUCAACUCAAGCUCAAAGAUUUCAAUGGUUCCUCACCUAUGCAACUAUACUUCUUCAGCAAGUUCUGUUCAAUCAAAAGAUUCUACGCAAGACUACUGUAAACUAGUUUGGGAGACUUGCAAAAAUGUGAAAAUAGUGAACUCUCCUUUUCAACCUCCCUUGCAAGGAAGUGCAAGGCUACCUAGUUCAUCGUCUAAGCUUACCGAUGUCUGGCAGUCAGGAAAUGACUUCUGCACAUCAUUUGGUGGCUCAUCUGAUGACCAGUCUCUAUGCUUCAAUGGAAAUGCAGUUUUCUUUAACACUACAGAACCAUCACCGUCUCCUAAAGGUAUAUGCCUUGAGAGAAUAGGCAAUGGAUCCUACCUGAACAUGGUUCCACACCCUGAUGGAUCCAACAGGGUUUUCUUGUCUAGCCAAGCUGGAAAGAUAUGGUUGGCAACCCUCCCAGAACAAGGCUCUGGAGGCACUUUACAAUUAGAUCAGGAAAACCCAUUUCUUGAUCUAACUGAUGAAGUGCAUUAUGAUUCUGAGUUUGGACUCAUGGGUAUAGCAUUUCAUCCCAAGUUCGCUAUCAAUGGGCGCUUCUUUGUUUCUUAUAAUUGUGAUAGAACUCGGUCACCUAGCUGUGCGGGUAGGUGUUCAUGUAAUUCUGAUGCUGACUGUGAUCCUUCGAAGCUUGGUCCUGAUAAUGGUGCUCAGCCGUGCCAGUACCAAGUUAUUGUUUCGGAGUAUUCUGCAAAAGUCUCCUCAUCAAAUGUUUCUGAGGCAACAUCUGCAAAUCCAUCCGAGGUUAGAAGGAUUUUUACAAUGGGACUGCCGUAUACAGCUCACCAUGGAGGACAAAUACUGUUUGGACCAACAGAUGGAUACCUUUACCUUAUGAUGGGGGAUGGUGGAAACAAAGGUGACCCUUUUAAUUUCUCUCAGAAUAAGAAAUCACUUUUGGGGAAAAUAAUGAGGCUUGACAUUGACGGCACACAAAGCCAGAGUAGAACCAUUAGCCAAAGCUUAUGGGGUAACUAUUCUAUUCCAAAGGACAAUCCAUUUGCGGAUGACAGAGACUUACAACCAGAGAUAUGGGCUUUGGGUUUUAGCAACCCAUGGAGAUGCAGUUUUGAUUCUGAAAGACCUUCCUACUUCUACUGUGGAGAUGUUGGGCAGGAUGCGUACGAAGAGGUAGAUUUGAUCUCCAAGGGUGGAAACUACGGAUGGCGUGUAUAUGAGGGGCCAUAUAUUUAUCAUCCACAAUGGUCACCUGGAGGGAAUACGUCACUUGACUCCAUAAAUGCCAUCUUCCCUGUCAUGGGCUACGACCAUUCUGCUGCCAACAACAAUAUUGGAUCUGCAUCAAUUACAGGUGGAUAUGUUUAUCGAGGGUCUACAGAUCCCUGCUUAUAUGGAAGGUACCUUUACACUGAUCUGUAUUCAUCGUUGAUGUGGAUCGGCACAGAGACCCCAGAGGGUAGUGGAAAUUACACCUCAGCUGUGGUACCAGUGAGCUGCUCCAAGAACUCCCCGAUUGCCUGCGAAUCCGCCGCUGGGAACUCCGACCCAUUAUUUGGUUACAUUUUCUCAUUUGGAGAGGAUAAUAACAAGGAUAUCUUCGUUCUGGCGAGCAAAGGCGUCUACCGAGUUGUCAGGCCUAGCCUGUGCGGCUACACCUGUCCCGCAGAGAAACCGGCAACCAACAACGGGACAACGCCAUCCGGCCCUUCGUCUUCAGCUCCAGCAACACAACUAGGGAAGUCAUUGGCGGUAGCUUUGGCGUUGAUUGUAUGUGCAUUGUACUCUUGAGAUGCCCAUCCGGCCUGUUCUUCGGUAUAGUCUCCUUCACGCUUGCUGUGCAGCCUUGACGAAUCUACUUGUUUGUAUGAUAGCAGCGGUUUUCGUAA